CUAGCCCCCUUCAAAACCCCACUGCUCUCCCCGCCUCCACCACAAAACACGAAAUCGGCAAAUCCAUUCCGCCCGCCUAUUCAUCCCUCACCAAUAUCCGGGGCCCACAUGGCAGCCACCCGCAAGCUCCACGCCUCGUCCGCCGCCACCAGCGGCGACCACCUCCGCUUCCUCCGCCCAGGGGCCCUCGCCCGCCUCCGCGACGCCAGGCUCCGCCGUGGGAGUCGCGCCGCCCGCCUGCCCCCUCCCUCAUCGCCGGCUCCGGCGCCGGCGUCCCCCUCAUCGCCUCCUCCUGCGGCUGGAGACGGCGAGGGCAUCGUGGCCGUGCCGUACUUCACGCCCGCCUCGAGGCUGCUCGCGCCCCGGUGCCCGCAGCGGAAGAAGCUCGCGGCGGCCAAGUCUGUGGUGCUCUUCGCUCCGCCGCCUCCCAGCACCGAUCUGCCCAUCGAGGCGGUUAUUGAGUUCCUCAGCGCGCCUGACAUGGUGGUUGCCGCCCACUAGAGUGUCUCGCCGUACUUUUGUGUUAGCCUUGUAGAUCUAUUCGUCGCUUAUCUUGUUAGCUUAGUGCCUUAGGGUGGUAUGAAAUUUUCGUCGUUUGUUUGUACUGAUCUGGAUGUGAAAAUAGAGACAUAUACAAGGAAGCGCAUGCUUGAUAUGUAGUAAUACAGAAUACUACAAAAUUGGGUAACGAAAACUCCCAGUAUGAUAUCCAAUUCCUGUUAUGAAUUUGUGGACUGAGAUCAUUUAGCUUAUGGUCCUUACAUGGGCACAUAUGUUCAUAAAACUAGGCUCAUUCAAUUGCUUGUUACGUGAGAAUGCGAUCAUGUGAUCGGAUGUCGGCGAUUUUUUAUUAUUCCUACACUCUGAAUUUGUUAUGUUUUCUCGGAUGGCACUUCAAAAAUUAUGGCGACCAAGUGGCAUUAGUGAUUAGUCUGAGUUGCCUUUGGUUGACCGUUGCUCAUCCUCUCUUUUAUAUUUGUCCACAUGAUUUGUUGAUAUGCCAAUUCAAUGUCUCUUUUGUAUGAACUCUUUAAUUAACAGUUCCUUCACAUCUUAUUAUCUCUACUUAAGGUGUUUUUUUCCUCCUACCUCAAGAUGCUAUUCUAGUGCUUGCCACCUGUCAGGUGUUUGACAUAUGCUCAACAUUUUAGUUGCCUUGUUUGUUCGAUGAUAACUUCUGGUAUAAUUCUUGAUGUUACCAUUUCUGUAGCUUCAUUAUGAUAUGUUCCAUGAAGUGUCAACAAGGCUUACUCAUUGACUUUUAUCUCAACUGCAAUCACCUUCCCCAUCUAUAGUUAACAAGGCCAUUUGCCCACUACCUGGAAGGAAGACUCACUAUUAUGUUCACUUCGUAUUAUGAUAUGUUGGAUGAUCUAAGGAUAUAGAACUAGUCAACUAGGCUCAUUCAAGUGCUGGUUACUCGUGAAUUUGAUCUCGUUGAUCGAAUUUAGUUUGUCUACCAGAUUGUACUUCAGAAAUUAUGUUAAGUGGCAUCAGUGAUUAGUCAGAGUGGCCUUUAGUUGAACAUUGUACAUCUAUUUUAUAUUUGACCAUUCCAUUUGUUGAUAUGCACGAACUAUUUAAUUAGCACUUCCUUCACAUCUAUCGCUACUUAAGGUGGCUUUUUGCCUACGUCAAGAUGCUAUUCUAGUUCUUGCCACCUGUCAGGCGAUUUGAUGUAUGAUCACCAUUUUAGUUUCCUUUUUUUCGUUGAUAUGAUAAUUUAUGGUAUAAUUCUGGAUAUUACCGUUUCUUGUUUUAUUAUGAUCGUGUAACCUAGGGUCCUAGGCUUAGUGGCUUACUCAAUUACUUUUACCUUAUUCAAUUGUAACCAUCAUCCUCAUCUGAAGCUAACAUGUCCACUCCUGAGCAGAGGUGAAUGUAUAUCUCAUAUUAUUAGUGUUGAAUUAUACAAUUAAUGGCUCAUAUCGAUAUCAUUAACAUUCUUUCACCACUGUUUUAAUUUCAUACUAGCUGCUUUCAGUUUCUGAUGGACUGCGUCAUUGUUGGCAACGAACAUUAUGAAACCACACAGAGUUAAGGAAACUUUACAACGCUACAAAGAACUUCAGGACAUUAUCACAAUUCUUGGAUUGGAUGAAUUAUCGGAGGAGGAUCGUUUAACUGUAGCAAGAGCACGAAAAAUCGAGCGGUUCUUGUCACAACCGUUCUUUGUGGCGAAGUUUUUACCAGUUCUCCAGGAGAGUAUGUUGGGAAAGAAGCCAAAUUCGAAUCCACAAGUGGGGAACUAGCUGUGCUAUGAAAAGGAUGCUUAUAGUUAUUGCAUUCUCCAAUAACCGUUGCAGCAAAUCUCAAGUUCGAGUUUGAGUAUAGCUUUGUUAAUAAUGUUAGAAGACAUGAACCUGAUUUGAGAACUAUGUUUUCUACUUGAGCUGUGUCUUGUACAGGAUGGAAUAUUUGUUAUUAUCUUAUUGUGAACCA